AUGGCUGUGAAGGGUUUUAAGCCUCCUCCCAAAAAGUCACCUUCAUCUGAUGAUGAUGAGGAGGAGAAGCCACAGAUGAAGAAAGGGAUGGGUGCAGUAAACCUGAAAAAGAUGAGUGAUGUUCACAUCAAAGGAGCCUCCAAGGCCAUGAUGGGCUUUGCUGCAGAAGGACAGAAAAAGAACCUAGGUGCAGCAAAAGGACAAAAGACAGUAGAUGCCAGGUCUCACCUAAAAGGAGCCUCCAAAGCUCUCUCUGGCCUCACAGGGAAAGCCUCUCCUUUUACUAUGCCCUCUAAACAGCAACCAGAGAAAUCAAAACCAAAGAGAAAUCUUAAAAGCACUUCCCGUCUCUUUCUACGACUCUCCAAGAAAAAGAAACCCCCUGCUGAUGGUAAACCACUUCUUGGCACCAGCAAGCUUUUUUCUGGGUUUGGGGCUAAAUCUGCUGACAAAAAGCCAGGUCUGUCUGGCUUCAGCUUGUUUAAUAAAAAAGAUGAUGCUCAGAAAGAAACCACAACUCCUAAAAAGACAAUAAAUCUAUCCCGCUUAGGGGGGCAAGGAAAAAUGGCAACAGAGGCAAAGGGACUGGGAGGGAAGUUCAAAGGCAUGUUUGGGAAAAAGAAAGGGGGAUCAGGGUUUAAGACUAAAGGCUGGAUGUUAGGAAGGAUCGCUGCAGCAACUAACUGGCUGACAGGAAGGUUCCUGACUGCUAGCGGCCAAGGUCGGCUGGGGGCACGAGCAGGAAGACGGGGUCGAAAACGUCUGUCAUUUGCUGACAGGGACACUAGAGGGAGACAGACACAUUAUUACAAUGAGGCCUAUGAGUAUGAUGAUGAGUAUGGAUAUGAGGAAGAUUACCAAGGUAGGUGGGGACCGAGAGGCUUCCCGAGACAACCCAUGACCUAUGACCCAUAUGACCCUUAUGAAGAGGAAAUGGAUUACUAUGAUGAUGAAGAGUGGGAAGAUGAAUAUGGUUACUAUGAUGAUGAGGGAAACUUUUAUUAUGAUGAUGAGCUGUACUAUGAUGAUGAUGUGGAUUACUACAGUUACCCGUAUGGCUACUAUGAUGAUGAGUAUGAAGAUUUCUAUGAUGAUGAAGGGAUGGAGUAUUACUAUGGUGAAGAUGGAAUGCUGUAUGCAGUGGAGCCAUAUGGUUACUAUGGUGAUGCCAUGGAUGGUUUCUAUGACCCAUAUGAAUCAGAGCCGUAUGGGGAUUACUUUGACCACAAUAUGGGUUAUAAUGGGAUAUAUGGGAUGUCAGACCCAUAUGGCAUGAUGAGUGGUGGUUAUGAUGUUGGGGCAGGCCUAUAUAAUGACCCAAUGCUAGGAUAUACAGACCCUGCUGCUAUUUACAACCCCUAUCAGCAGCCUUUUUAUAUGGAUGUUGGGCUAGAUCCAGCUCAGACAGGACAGCUAUAUGGACAGGAGCAACUGUCUUACCCUGUGGCUGAGCCAUUUUCAGCAGAGCAGUUCAGGGUCCCCAGGCCCCAGGUUAGGCUAUUUGGAAAAGACAGACUAGAUGUGGAAACCCUGCCGCCACCUCCUCUUCACUCUCGUUCCGCCUCUCCAGUGUUUGUCCCUCCCUCCCCAGCUCUUGCCCUCAACAAUCUGGAAAUGAUGUCAGAUAUACAAUAUGAGCAGCCCUUUCCCACACACAUUCCUGCACAGCCCCAUUACUCCACUGUCAUGAACCAACAACAAACCUCCAUUCUUCCCAUACAAGCCCCAACGCCAACAUCUAUGAUCAUGCAACAGGAGCACUUACCUCUCCCUCAGCCUAGUCACCCUCCUCUCUCUGUCUCUUCCAGUCACUUCUCCCCAUCUCCUCUACCACCACAAUUGGCCUCCCAAAUGUACCAACCAUCCCUCCCCCAAGACCUACAGAUGUUCCAGAUGGGACAAAUGUCACCACUGGUCACACCAAUGCAGCCACCAGUGCCUCCACUGUUGCGUUCACCACUGCAUUCACCAGUGGCCUCACCCAGGCCAGUGCGACGAAUGAGCCCCCUUCCAUCCCCACAGCUGUCAAUGAGACCAGGAUCAGUGAGGACAAUUGCACCUCCUUCACCUCGCCUCUCACAACAACACAUGGCUUUCCAAGCAGGCAUCCAGCCAGACCCCUAUCUCUCUCCUCGUUUACAUAGGAAUGUCACUCACCGGGCCUCAAUGGCAGGCCAAAGGCCAACUUCUCCACUUGAGAGACGAAGACCACCCAGCGCACCUGCCUCCCCACCACACCACAGGAGAGGGAUGUCAGCUAGAGCUCAGCCAUCCCUGGCAAGAGGAAGGGGUGGAACUGGGUUCCGCAGAGCUCCAUCAACUGUCCGACCCCAAUCCCCACUUUCUAGCCCCCUAGCUUCACCCCGGGGAUCACUGAGGAGGAGAGCAAGCCCACCACCUUCCCCAAGACUGUCUUUCAGACAGCAACCACCUCCAGAUGCAGUGCCUCUGCCAUCUACUAGACCACCUUUGUUCAAAGGUAGAAAACAAACAUCCAAGAUGAGGCGCUCCCCCUCUCCUCCCCUACCAUCCCCACAAAGACGGAGCCCCUCUUUACCAGAGAGAUCACAGUCCCCACCCCAUGCCUUCCGUCCCACCUCUCCCCAUCGUCCUCCUUCACCUUCCUCAUCACGUAUCACCAGUCGUAACCUUCCCACCCGGUCCUCUACUCGCAGGCUGAGAGGAGGUACAGGAAGUCGAAGUCAUGUGCCCAUGGGGGCUGUGAAACCCUCUCCAGCUAACCCCUACAUACAGAGACACAGUAGACAUGGACCCCCUGUUACUCAGCAUGUAGCACCAUUCAGGUCCUCUAUCCAUAGUGGACCAACCUCUCCCUCAGGACAGAUAGGGGGUGUAGCUGGAGCACCCAUGUUAGCCAGGACAGGCUCCCGGCCUACAGGCUUAAGGGAGUCAAAGCGAACUGGUACUCCCCAAGGAGGCUUCCACAGACCUGUGGGUAGGGGGCAGCCACUAGUCCGUAUGCCCAGAAACCAGCCCUCUCUUCAAUCUAGGCAGUCAUUCAGAGUGCCUCCUGGCUCUCCACAGCUCUCUUUGAAACAGAGUGGACCUUUUUCUCCUCAGCCAUCAGUGCGUAGGCUGCAGAGUAGACCUCCAUCUCCACUACCACUGCAGCGUCCAUCUCCUCUGCCCUCCCGUUCAGCCUCUCCCAUGCACCAUCUAUCACACCCGCCCUCCCCCUUGCCCCACAGGGCUAUGAGUUCCCAGAGUCUGGGACCAGCAUCUUUUCAACCUCCAGUACCUCAGCCCAGUCUUCCCUUUGGCACUCUCCCCCCAUCUCAGAGUAUCACCCAGUAUGACUACACAAUGAUGGAUCCAGGCCCAUCCCCAAUGCUUACCAAUGCUCUACCAAACCCUCAGGUUGUAGGUGCUCCUUUUCAUCCCUCUCCUCUUCCUUCCUCCAUUCCUUAUGCCACCACUGCUUACUCCUCUCCUUUACAGAGACCAACCUCCCCCCAAACACAGCAUGAAGUCUACUCUCAAAACCUCCCUCAAGCAGCACCCUCAUCACCCUAUCUAGGACGCCCACUCCAGAACCCUUAUCUGCAGAAUGUCAGCAACACAACACCUUUACAGAGAAGCGCUUCCCCCGUACCUGGUGGGCAGGGGGGAAUAUCAGCUGAUGUUCAGGUGAGCCAGGAGGGGAGCCCAUAUGCCACUCUUGGCUUAUCCAAUGCUCUGAUGCAGAACUCCCGCCUACGCAGUGCCUCCUACUCAUCUCCUCUACAACGCAACGCCAACCUCUAUACAACAGUCCUAGCACCCCCUGAGGCUGAAGUCCCUCUUGCCUCUUCUGUACCCUCCUCCCCACAUUUGUCAUCUGCUAUGCUUACCUCCCAGCUACGAAAUGCUUCCUUUGCCUCACCCCUUCAGCGACACCUCUCCCCUAUGUCCUCUGUCUCACCCGCUGCUCCUCCCACCACAGCUCAACAAGGGGCUAUCAGAGGUACAUCCCCACUCUUCCUCUCUGGUGGACUACGGACAGCUCAAAUCCAGGGAUCCAUGUUCAGGCUUCCCAGUGGCACUUUGACAAUGCCUCGGGGCCCUGCUGAGCCUCCAAGUACGACUGAUGGUGGAGGUGGAGUUGGUGGUGGUGGGAGGCUGUCACCCAUGAUGCUCUCCAGUGCUUUGCAGAACCCAGCCCUACGUCAGGCCACCUAUCGACUACCUGAUGGCUCAUUGGUUACCAGAACUGAACCUGCUGAACCUUCCUCAGUUGCAUCCCCACUCUCCUCCCCUAUGCUGUCCUCUGCCUUGCUUAAUCCAAGUUUACGACAGGCCACAUAUCGUCUGCCUGAUGGCACUCUUGUAACUAGGACAGAGCCCACAUCUGCACCUUCCCCUUCCUCACCUAUGCUUUCCUCCGCACUUUUGAACCCCAGUGUACGUAAAGCCACAUACCGGCUGCCCGAUGGAACUUUGGUUACAAGAAAUGAGCCAGUGCCUGAGCCUAUCACUGCUUCCUCGUCCAUGCUCUCCUCUGCUCUUCUUAAUGCUAAUGUUCGUAAGGCCUCUUAUCGAUUACCAGACGGCUCAAUUCUGACACAUCCUGGGGAGGAGACGCAUAAUGUCGAGAGUGCAGUAUCAUCACCGGGACUAUCUAGUGCCUUGAUGAAUGCUAACCUGCGUAAGGCAAAAUUCCAGCUCCCAGAUGGAUCAUCAUUGUUUUCACGGAACCAACCUCAAGCUUCCACCGCUGCCUCCUCCAGUCCUCUCCUUUCUGGUGCCUUGCUUAAUACCAGCCUCCGGGGUGCCUCCUACAGACUCCCAGACACAUCACUAUUGAGACAGCCAGGUUCUGCUGAUACCACUGAGCCAAGGUCUCUUGACCUUUCCAAUGCUCUUCGCAACCAGAACCUACGAUCUGCCACCUACCGUUUGCCAGAUGGAACUCUGAUGACCCGCCCUCAGCCCACCUCUACAUCCCAAACGCUUGACCUGUCUAAUGCUUUAUCAAAGAACCCAAACCUUCGUGGGGCAAAGUACCGUCUCCCCGAUGGUAAUAUCAUGACACGGCUUGGUGCACCUAAGACCCCAGAACCUCGCUCACUAAACCUCUCUGGUGCCCUGCAGAACCCUCACCUCCGGGGGGCCUCUUUCCGCCUACCCUCCUCAUAUGCUGUAGUGUCACCCCAAGUCCAGGGAUCAGGCCCUGAACAGCACUGGGCACACGGCUCUGAGGGCUUGGGCCUGCCGCAAGAUUUGGAUGUGUGGGGUGCAGAGAGAGUUCUACCUCACGGAACAGUGCAGAACCUCAAUAAGUGGUCCAUGUAUAGAGACGGGGAGCUGCUAGACCCACAAAGCCUGAUGGGACAGGGACAUGUGGGGCAUGAACAAGGGGACUGGAAUCUCAGCAGGGAGGGGGAACCACAGGGGAACUGGUUUGACAAGAUGUACUCAAUCAGAAGCCUUCCCACCAUGGCUCAUCGGGAGCAAAGAGAGGAAGAUGGCGUGGAAGAUAUGACACAGCUAGAGGAGAUGCAUGAAGGGACUGUUCUGCUGAACAUGAGGAAAAGGUUUGAGAGAGAGCUCAUUUAUACAUACAUAGGUAGUAUUCUGGUUUCUGUGAACCCCUAUAAGAUGUACAACAUCUAUGGGACGGACAUGGUGCUGCUGUACAAGGGUCGUGCUCUGGGAGAGAACCCUCCGCAUUUGUUUGCCAUAGCAAACGCUGCUUAUUCCAAAAUGAUGGAUGCCAAACACAACCAGGUCAUAAUAAUCAGUGGAGAGAGCGGUUCGGGGAAAACCGAGGCCACCAAACUAGUCCUUCGCUACCUAGCAGCAAUACAUCACAAAUGCAAUCUUGCGCAACAGAUACUUGAGGCAGCUCCUCUGCUGGAAUCUUUUGGAAAUGCCAAAACUGUGCGGAACGAUAAUUCCAGCCGCUUCGGGAAAUACAUAGAGGUCUUUCUGGAGGAUGGUGUGAUCAGUGGUGCCAUAACCUCUCAGUAUCUGUUGGAAAAGUCCCGCAUCGUCUUCCAGGCCAAAGAUGAGAGAAACUAUCACAUCUUCUAUGAGAUGCUGGCAGGACUUCCCUCACAGCAGAAGCAGGCUUUCUAUCUACAAGGGGCUGAGACCUACUAUUACCUCAACCAGGGAGGGGAUUGUGGAAUAACAGGAAAGAAUGAUGCAGAAGACUUCCUGCGUCUGCUUGCUGCCAUGGAGAUCCUUCACUUUACCCCUGAGGACCAGUCAGCCAUCUUUAGAGUUCUUUCUUCUAUACUGCACCUGGGCAAUGUCUACUUUCAAAGACAUGAGGCUGAUGGCCAGGAGGUGGCAUCAGUGGUGAGCGCUCAGGAGAUCAGAGUGGUGGCUGAGCUACUGCAGAUCUCACCAGAAGGACUACAGAAAGCCAUCACCUACAAAGUCACAGAGACGAUGAGGGACAAGAUCUACACUCCACUGACUGUGGAAAGUGCUGUUGAUGCCAGAGAUGCUGUUGCCAAGAUCCUGUACUCGCUGCUCUUCCAUUGGUUAACAGAAAGGAUCAAUGCUCAGGUGUACCCUCGCCAACACACCCUCUCCAUCUCCAUCUUGGACAUUUAUGGAUUUGAGGAUCUGGCCUUCAACAGCUUUGAGCAGCUUUGCAUUAAUUAUGCAAACGAGUACCUGCAGUUCUUCUUCAACAGGAUUGUAUUCAGGGAGGAACAGGAGGAGUACAGCAGGGAACAGAUCCCUUGGCAGGACAUCCCAUUCAGUGACAACCAACCCUGCAUUGACCUCAUCGCUGCUAAGCCUCAUGGGAUACUGAGGAUUCUGGAUGACCAGAGUUGUUUCCCACAGGCAACAGACCACACUUUCCUCCAAAAGUGUCAUUAUCACCAUGGCAACAAUCCACUGUAUCUGAAGCCAAAGAUGCCACUCCCAGAGUUCACCAUCAAGCACUUCGCUGGCCGGGUCACCUACCAGGUUUACAAGUUCCUUGAUAAGAACUAUGACCAGGUUCGACAGGAUGUCCUGGACCUGUUCAUCCAGAGCAAGAACAAGAUGGUAUCAAACCUAUUCCUGGUUCACGCAGAGGUCAUGGGUCAGCAGAGAGGAGGACACAUGAGGAAGAGCAGCACAGUCACCAGAAAAUACCAAGCGCCCACUGUCAGCAACAAGUUCCAACAGUCCCUGCUGGAGCUGGUGGAGAAGAUGGAGAGGUGCAAUCCUUUUUUUGUUCGCUGCAUUAAGCCAAAUAAUCUGAAGCAACCAGGUGUGUUUGAAGACGAUCUGGUGAGCAGCCAGCUGCGACACUCUGGUGUCCUGGAAACCAUUAGGAUCCGAAAAGAGGGAUAUCCUGUCAGAAUGCCAUUCUACAUCUUCCUGUUCAGGUAUAAGUCCCUGGUGGGGAUUCGAGAGCUUCCACCUGCAAAUGGAGAGAACUGUGUGCUAAUGCUCAGUAAACUUUGUCCCCUGAGACCAGGAGCCUACCAUGUUGGAGUCACAAAGAUAUUUCUAAAGGAGGACGUCUACCAGUUGCUGGAGUGUAAAUGGGAGCGCUCCCGUCAUCUCGCUGCUCUCACUCUGCAGCGCUACACCCGCAUGUUCUUUGUGAGGAAACGCUACAUGGCUUUCCGCAAGAAGAUCAUCGGGCUGCAGGCGCAGUGCAGAGGCUUCCUUACAAGGUGAUCCGAUAAGCGUCUGUUGAAAAUGAGGGAGAGUCUGGUCCGAUUCCGCUCCCUCGUCCACAUGUAUGUCAACCGCAAACAAUACAUCAAGAUGAAGUUUCAGGCCCGGAGGAAAGCUGAGGAAGAGAGGAGGAGGAGAGAGAUGGAGCUGACCAAGAGGGAGGUGGUGAAUGUCACACACUUGGUGAUCCCUGCAGAACUUGGUGCUUUACUGCAGAUAGCAGGGAGUGAGAGGGAGCUGCACUCAGACUGUUUGGCUCUGCUUCAAGCUCCUCAUAUCCAGGAAGAAGCUCAACUCACUUUGCCUCUGGACAUCAACAACUACCCAUUCUACCGCUACGUACAGAUCUAUUUCAGGGAACCAAAGUUUGGGAUGUUGAUGGCCCCGCUGGAAUCACCCCUGACCCGUGUAGAAGACGAGCUCAGAGGGGAGGCUCUGGAGCUCUUCAUCAUGGUAUUACGAUUCAUGGGAGACCCUCACCUGAACGGGGCGCAGGAAAACAUGUUUGGGAAUUACAUCAUCCAAAGGGGCCUGACAUCUUCAGGGUUACGGGAUGAGAUCCUGUCUCAGGUUGUCAACCAGGUGUGGAGGAACGUAAACUCUGACAACGCAGAGAGAGGCUGGCUGCUGUUGCUGGCAUGUGUCUGCAGCUUCGCCCCGUCACCCAAGAUGGAAAAAUAUUUACUGAAGUUUGUGUCAGACCACGCCCCUGCUGGUUGCCAAGCGCUGCUGCAACACAGACUCAUCCAAGCCAAUCAGAAGGCACAACUGGCCUCAGGCUCUACCCCUGAGACUGCAAGGACCUAUCCACUGUCACUGCUGGAGUGGACGGCCAAUAGGAAGAAGGCUAACCUGGUGUUGCAUGUGCAUUGUUUUGAUGGAGGGUCAUUCCUGUGUCCGGUCCAUUCCUGGACCAGCGGAGAAGAUUUAGCAGGAGACAUCCUGCGCCACAGGGGAGUGUCUGACUGGUGGAGGGGGAGUUCAAUUCUAAUGAAGGAGCACGGCCAGUGGGUGGAGUUGGCGGGUCACGACUAUGUGAUGGACCUGAUUGCAGACCUGGAGCUUCCCCCUGACUUUCCAAAGCAGAAGAGUUACUUUGUCAUCAGCACUGACAACCCGGCUAGAGUCAGAGCCAAUGCCAGCCUUGCUUUGGUGGGCAGUGGCUUUGACUCAGAUGAGGAGCUUGUUCCAUCCUUUCCCAUGAGCAGUAGCAGCAGACCAGCCUACAGUCUGCCUGACUCUGAUGGUUAUUACAGCCAUGAGUCAGAUGCAUUCAGUGAUGGUCAGACUCAGAGAGGGAUGGACCGCUACCUGGACAGUCUGUUUGACCCUGUGCUGUCCGACAGCCAGCGUAAAUUCAUUCUUUUCCCUCUGCUGGAUUUCUGUUACUGGCCUCUCUCUGUUUGCCAGGACAUGGAAAAGACUGGAAGUUUGUCUGCAAGAAUGAAGGGAGGUGGAGGUAUAGGCAUCACAGAAGGAGGAAGAGGAGGAGAGGGGGAGAGCCAUACAGCCCCCAGUCGGCCCUAUCCACCAGGAAUACAUCCUGGAGCUGUGCCAGUGCUUCCAGUGGCAGGAGGAAUGAUGCCACCCCACCCACCCCGUCACCCACUCGUGCACCUGGCUGCUGCCCCCGCUGCUGAUAGAGAUGCUGAUGUAGCAUCCCCUGUCACGAGUGCCCCCAGUCUGCCACUUCAGACCACACCUGUGGGCCCAGGCCUGUCUGGAAUGACAGGAUCUGAGCAGGCAGUACUGACCCAACAGCAGCAGGCCAUUAUCAACCAGCAAGCUAUCAUUCUGGCCCAGCAGAUGACCAUGCAGGCGAUUGCAAUCCAGCAGCAGAUGUUGUCCUCCUUCCCCCCCGUUGCCCCAGCCCCUCAGUCACCGCCCUCCCAGCAUCACAUGUACUCGCAGCAGCACUCCCACACACCAAGUCCUACCAAAGAGAGUGAAGAGUCACCAUACAGGCCUGGCUCUGCUGCUGUUCAGCGAAAAAUUACUGCACUUCAUCUGAUAGAAAGUUAUAUUCCAGGUCCAACACGUGGCCCCCCUCCUGAGGAUGUGGUCCGAUCCAGUGUGAAUAACACUGAGCGUAUGGAGCCCAGCCACGACAUCAAAGACAUCAUCAAACAGCACCAGCCUGCCGGCACAACAACUUCUGCUGGACCUGCCACACAAAGAAAAGCUGAUGGAAAGAUGUUUACAAAGAAACCAGACCCUCACGAUGAAGCGAUGGAGAUCCUUAAAGACCAGAUGGCAAACCCACCACAGCCGACUCAGAGGAAGCCUCAGUCUUCCCAACAUAAAGACAAGGGAGGUGUUAAGGUUACCAAGACAACCAAGUCUCGUCCUGCAGGGCGAACUAGCUCCAGCAUAAGCCCCGCCCCUCCAGCAGUCUCUAGAGAGCUGCCUGUAGAGGAGGAGAUCAUUCAGACUCAACUCCACAGCAGGACCAGUGAUGAAUAUUACACUUACUCCAAUGUCCCCUGGAAGCUCUACAUGAGGAAAGAGGUUUUCUAUCCUAGAGAGACCUUCAACAAUCCACUUAUUCUGGACCUGAUCUUCAGACAGGUUUUACAUGACACCUUCUCUGAGGCCUGCAUCCGUAUUACUCAGGAUGAGAGACAGAAAAUGAAAACUCUCUUUGCGGAAAACAAGGUGGAUCAGGUUUCAGGAACACACGAUGAGAGCGUGAAGAAGAAAGUGGUCACCAUGGCCAGAGACUUGUGGGAGAUUUACUUCUCCCGCCUCUUUCCAGCCUCUGGCAGUGUGGGGACAGGGGUGCAGGUGCUGUCUGUCUCUCAUAAAGGCAUCAAGCUUCUGAAGAUGGUGAGGAGCGGCUCUGCUGCUUCAGACUACUUCAGGGUGCUGAGGCCAUACAGCUACUCGGACAUCCUGUUUGUGUCCAUUCCAUCUAAGAACAUGCUGGAGUUCAACCUGACCAAUGAGAAGCUGAUCCUGUUCUCUGCCAAGGCCCCGCAGGUCAAACACAUGAUUGACUACUUCCUCACAGAGCUCAAGAAAGACUCUGAGUAUGUGGUGGCAGUGAGGAACUACAUCACAGAGGACAGGACUCAGCUCAGCUUCCAUAAAGGAGACAUCAUCAGACUGCAGCACAUGGACGGGCUGGAGGCUGGCAAAUAUUACGGCUGCAUAGUGAGGAAGAAGGUCAUGCUUCUGGAGGAGCUAAAGAGAGAUACUCCUGAGUUUGGUUGGCGGUUCGGGGCUGUGUAUGGAAAGUCUGGAGUGUUUCCCAGUGAGUACGUCCGUCCCGUGGCCGCUCCAGACUUUUUGGUUCUCCCCCCUGAGCGCUUGGAGCCUCGGGACAGACAGGGACAAGUCGCCGCCUCUGCUGCUGUUGCCGUAGCGAUGGGCUCAGCAGUAGCUGCCCAUGAGCUCGACCUCUCCACGGAGGUGCGCGCCAGGAUAAAUGAGAUGUAUGGGGACACUCUGAGCGCAGAGCUGGAUGAUCUGCCUCUGCACGGCGGCCAGUACCACAUGGCUGAGUUUGCCAAGAAGUACUUCAGAGAGGCACAGAGGAACAGGAGUGAUCAGAAAGCCAAAAAGGGGAAGGAGGGCAGGGACCCUGUUGACAUGGUCAAAUUCUCCAAGUCUCCGAUCCAGGAGUCUCUGAUCGACUUCUCAGACAGCGGGAUGAAUAGAGUGGCUGCUGACAUCUUCUUAGCCAUAAUGAAGUUCAUGGGAGACUUCCCACUGAAAGGCCAGACUGAACAGGACCUGGUCACCACUAUACUGAAGUUAAGCGGUGACCAUGGCCUGAUGAAAGAUGAAGCCUACUGCCAAGUGAUGAAACAAGUCACUGCAAACACCAGCUCCAAACCGGACAGUUGUCAGCGAGGAUGGAGGCUGCUGUACAUCCUGACAGCUUUCCAUCGCUGCUCCGACGUUAUGAAGCCGUUUCUGUUGAAGUUUCUGCAGGAUGCAUGUGCCAGCCCUGGGGUACAGUACCAAGGUAUUGCCAAGGCAUGUGAGCAGAAUCUGAGGAGGACUUUUCAGUAUGGCGGACGUGUACAGUAUCCGAACAGCAUGGAACUUAAAGCUAUGCUGGCUGGGCGGAGCUCCAAGAGACAGCUGUUCCUGCUGCCAGGCGGGAUUGAAAGGCACUUGAAAAUCAAGACGUGCUCUGUAGCUUUGGAUGCCAUUGAGGAGCUUUGCUAUGAAAUGGGACUACACAGAGCAGAGGCACUGGAUGAAUAUGCUGUCUUUUUGGUCACACACAGAGGUCAGAAUGUGCGUCCUCUAAACAAGCGUGAGUACAUCCUAGACAUCGCUACAGAGGCAGAGCCAGUGGACGCCAACUACAGUCUGUGGUUCAGAAGAGUCAUAUGGAGUCUGGCUCUCAAGCUAGACAAUGAACUCUAUGUCACCAUGCACUACAACCAGGUGUUGCCAGACUACCUGAAGGCUUUAUUGAGUGUGGUUCCUCAGGGUAAGGCCAGUGAACAGCAUCUGCAGCAGAUUGCCAGGCUGGCUGCCCUACAGCACCGUGCCAAGGGGGACUCCAUCUACCUGCCCACCCUUCGUGAGGUGCAGGAAUGUGUCCCCCCGCAGUUCUACAGCAAACAAGGUUCACAGCAUUGGUUGAAUAUGGCAACUCAACACAUGCAGCAGGUCCAGCCCUUAAACCCACACCAGGCCCGUGCACAGUUCCUUGGUUUGGUUAGUGCCUUCCCCAUGUUCGGCUCCUCCUUCUUCUACAUCCAAAGCUCGAGCUCUGCGUCCAUCCACGCCCCCUGCAUCCUGGCUGUAAAUCUGAAUGGACUGCACUUUCUUAACAAGGAUACUCACGAGGCCAUGGUGCGUUUCCCUCUGAAGGAGGUCCAGUCAACUCGGACCCAGAGACCGACGUCAGGCUCCAGUUACCCGUACGUAGAGAUUAUGAUAGGAGACCUGCUCAACCAGCGCAUCACGCAGCUACAGCUGGAGCAGGGCCUGGAGCUGUGCCGAGUCAUUGCCAUGCACAUGGAGAACAUGUUGUCAGUCAGAGAAAAGAGACUCACCCUGCCACCAAGCGAAAUCACCACUGCUAUAACUCAAACACACACACACAGACAGACAAAAACACACAGAGAAAUCACACUCUAUGCCUUAUAAAUGUACUGUAUCUACCUCCUGUGUAAAAUGAGAAUAUUUUGACAUUUAAAGAUAAUGUCUCUGUAAGGUGAUGAAUGCCUGGUGAUGAUGUGGCAGCUAAUUUUCACUAUCAAACAAUCUGCUGAUUGUUUUCUCAGCUAUUUGUUUGGCUUAUAAAAUGUCAGAAAAUAGUUCAUUUGUCUGCUUGUCUCUUCCAACAGGCAGUCCAAAACAAGACCUAAAAAAACAGCAAAUACACACAUUAUCCACAUUUGAGACACUGGGGAUUUGACAAUAGGCAUUUUUACUAAAAAAAUUACUUCAAUGAUAAAUCUAUUGUCAGAAUUGUUGGUGAUUAAUUUUCUGUUGGUUGGUCCAAUCAUUUAAUCAGGCAGUUAGUUCAGUGCUAUGCAUAUACAGUAGACCUGUACCUUGCACAUACUUUCACACCCUGUGUGAAAUCCAUGACUCAGAGUCAGAGCCAUUUAAAUGUUUUUAGUUUAACAUUUUGAGCCAGAAUUGCUAAAGAUCUUGUCUACCACGGCUGCUUCAAGGGGCUGAGUGUAUAAUGGAUAAAGACCUCUUUAAUUAACUUUAAUUUCCCCACUUCAGAAGAAUAGUAUGAUUUGAUUAGCCUUGAUCUUUGGGCAACACUGAAUUAAAAUAGUUGUGGUCUUACAUUGAACAAGGGUAAAAACCACAGCUGGCUCUGCACAAAGAAACUAAAAUGUGUGAAACUGGAAUGAAUGAUAGCGAACCUAUCUUACCUUUAGCUUUAGUGGAUGCCUAUGAUUUGAUAUAAUACAUAAUUUAUUAGGUUUGGGCCUAUAUUACAUAAAUUCUUUAUAAACCCAUGAGAUGUAUUUUUUUUUCUUUUUUUAAAUUUAAUUUUCUUAUUUUCUUCCACAACAUGGCAAAAAUAUGUUGUGAGGCAUGUUUUUGCCACACAAAGUUAUAGGCCACAUCACUGAAUGCUUUGCACUAAGAAAAAAAAUAUUUAUACAAUAUAUAUAAUACAUGUAUAUAUUUUUUGUAAAUAGCUGCUGUACAUAG